CCGCCUAGCCGGCCUGCUGCCACUGCCCCCUGACAUCAUCUCUAAGCUGGACAAGCUUUCGGUCCUGCGCCUCAGCGUCAGUUACCUCCGGGUGAAGAGCUUCUUCCAAGGAGGUGACAGGGGAGCCCGCCAGAAGGUCCUGCUCACCCAGCCCCUGCGCCUGCUCUCAGCCGCACGAAGGGGACGGCCGGCCUCCAGGGACUUGCCCCGCCGGCUACCUGGCUCAGCUGCUGUGACAAAUACACAGACCUUUACCUCUCACAGUCCUGGAGGCCUGAGGUCCGAGGUCAGGUGCCCCAUGGUCGGGCUCUGGUGAGAACCGCUUCUGGGUUGUCCCCACAUGGCGGAAGGGGUGAGGGAGCUCCCUGGGGUCUCUUACGAGGACACUAAUCCCAUUCGUGGGGCUCCACCCUUGUGACCCAAAGGCCCCUCCGAACACCAUCACCCUGGGGGGCCAGGAAUCUGGGGACACAGGCAUCCAUCCACAGGCCUUGUGGAGGUUGGCGCUGAGUUGGCGGCAACAAGAUGUGGACGCGGAACAUCACGGCAUUUGCAGGGCACCCGCUGCCCCGCCCGGCUCAGAGCUCCUCCGGUGUGUGUCCCUGCUGGAUCCUCACGACAGCCCACGCCCGUCUUACGGCAGCGCUGAGGCUCCCAGGACCCCUGCUCUGAGCCCGAGCUCCUCUGCUAAGCAGGCCUUUGAGGGGGUCUGGGCUGGAAGUGGGCAGAAGUGGGAGGCAUGCCUGCUCCUUGGGGUCCCAGGAGCUCCAAGCUCACUGUUUCCCUCCACCCUGCCCUCUGGGCACAGCUUUGGGGAGAGCCGGGCAGAGCCGUGGUCAUGCCAGCUGCCGCCAUUGGGACACGCGGACAAGCGUGGAUGUCAGCCCUGAACUCAAGGGCCUGGGGCCCAGCGCGCUGCUGGACCAGGGCUGGAGGGGAAACGACCCAGGUGCCAAGGCCAUGUGUGCUGUGCAGAGCACAGUGCAGAGCCUAGGGUGCUCCCUCGAUGCUGAGAUGAUUUUUACCAGGCAUGUGUUCAUUCAAAGCAGGGGCUGGGCUUGGACGUGGACCUAUCCACUCCAGGAGCUGCAGCUGGUCAGAAUCGGGGGUUCAGCCCAUCUUCCCGUGGUGUCCCCAGCUUCUCUCUCAAUCACCCUGGGUGGCAGAAGUCCUGUACCCCAAUCCCUGGACUGCCCUACACGUCCCCAAUUCAGCGUGCCCCACGAUCUGGGCUCACCUGUCCCGUCCCCUGAGGAGCUGGCUGGCAGCACAGUGGCUUCUGGGCAUCACGCACCAUCUAGGGGCAGAGAUGGGGCGUCUUCUGGUUCCUCCUCCACCGGGAGCACUUGGCACCCCUCAGGGGCCAGACCCAGGCACGGGACCCCUGAGAAGCUGCUGGUGGGGGCGGGGUGUCCGUGGCCCAGGGCUCGGCCCAGGGUGGUAACUGCCCUGAGUCUCCUCUGUGGGAAGGACUCGGAAGGAAGCGGGGUACCGGGUGGGGCCGGCGGGGUGCAGUCAGCCCCAGUCUGGUGGGGCAGUGGCCGUUCCAUUCUCCCCCUCCCCCUACGGCUGUGUGUGCAGCAUAUUCACAGGGACGCCCACUGUCUCCAGCACGAUUCCUCACGUUCUCUCUGUUCCAAAUGAGCCUUUUCAGGUAUGCAAGAAAUCGAGGAAGUGAGAGGAAGGCUGGUUCCGGUUGGUUCUACAGCCAGUUGGUGGACAGCCUGGACCAGGCAGUGAGAACCUCAAGUGCGGCUGAGCUCGGGCCUGAGUGGGGGAGGGAGCCAGGGCUCCAGGCGGAGCACCGGGUCCAGGCUGGGCUGCGCGGGCCCCUGGGAGCCCGUUCAUCUCCGGAAGGGGCGGCCCUGGCUGGGCCUCCUGUCUGCCUCGAGACCCUGAGCUCUGUCUACAGACCAGAGGCGCCCGGGCUCUGCCCUGCGGGAGGACGGCUUCCGUGGGACCAGGGCUCUUGGCCGCCCUCACCUGCCACUGCCCCUCAGGCUAGGCUGGGCAGGAGGAGGGCCGGCUGCCCGCAGGGUGGGGCUGAAGGGACGCGGGUGCCACCGGGGUCCCGUCUCGUGGCUUGGCCCCCUUUCUGGGGACAGCGGCUCACCAGGGGCACGAGGCCCUUCGACGUGACAGGCCUCUCCGCCCCUGGCUGGACCGCAGGGGACGCCUCGAGCUCCGGGCCUCGGGGCCCUGCUCCCCCGCCCCGUCCCCAAACGUCCCUCCUCGCGGGGCCUAGGGGGCCACAGUGACUCCUUCUCUGCACGCGUUCACCAACUCCCCGUGGACCCUCGCCCCACACACCUGCUCCCUGCCGCCGUUUCUCCCCGGCCUGUUGCCAGGGGCGACCAGGAGCAGGCGGGGCGAGGCGUGGCGGCGGGCUCGCCCCUCGUCCCGAAGGAGACCGGGCGGAGAGGGCGCCGGCGAUGGCUGGGUGGGGUCCGCCGGCGGAGGCCCCUGCCCAGAGCCCUGCCUCCCCUCCAGGGCCCCGCUCAGACCCGCGGGUGAGACGUGUGGUGGCAGGGAGAGGAGAAGCGGCACCCUGGAGAGAGACGCUGGGCCGAAUACCAGAGCCAGCCCUGCAGCAGCCGGCGGCCGGUGCCCCCUCACCAGAAGACAGGGAUCCGCGUGGAGGGUCUGCUGUGCUGGAGGGAAGGCUGCUACUGGAGUCCCUCCACGGCUUUGCUCUGGUGGUGAGCGCAGAGGGGAUGAUAUUCUACGCGUCAGCGACGAUCGUGGACUAUCUGGGCUUCCACCAGACGGACGUGAUGCACCAGAACAUCUACGACUACAUCCACGUGGACGACCGCCAGGACUUCUGCCGGCAGCUGCACUGGGCCAUGGACCCUCCCCAGGCUGGGUGUGGGCAGAACCUGCUCUCAGAGACAGGAGAGGACGCCGUCCUGGGAAGGCUGCUCCGGGCCCAGGAGGGAGCCGCGGGCUGGCCCACCGAGUACUCGGCCUUCCUGACGCGGUGCUUCAUUUGCCGUGUGCGCUGCCUGCUGGACAGCACCUCGGGCUUCCUGACGAUGCAGUUUCAAGGGAAACUAAAAUUCCUGUUCGGGCAGAAGAGGAGGGCCCCGUCGGGAGCCGCCCUGCCCCCUCGGCUCUCCCUGUUCUGCGUCGUGGCGCCCCUGCCUACUGCGGUGAAGAUGCAGAGUGUGUGUCUGAGGGCGAAGCACAGGGUGGACGCCUCGGCCACGCCGGACACAAAAGCAAAAGCUGCCGCAAGUCUCUGUGAACCAGAAUUGCACGGAAAACCCAGUUACUUAGCAGGGAGGGGCAGCGGAGGAAACGGCCUGUCUGUGUUCAGGAGGCCCGCAGACGCCUGCCACUGGGGCCGGCUGGCAACCCGGGGCCCCUGCCUGUGCCUGCGGGGCGGCCAUGACCUCCUCCACCCCCACCCCGAGGGGGCCGCAGGGGAUGGGCGAGGAGAGGAACUGGGGGGGUUGCCGAGGGGCCCCUCCUGCCCAAGGGAGCGGAGGGACGUCCCCCCGUACAGCUGCCACCUCGAGGCACAGGGACCCUCGAAGCACCUGAACUGGACGCCGGGGAGACACGGUCAGGACGGCGGCACCAAGCUGAAGCUGGAGCCCGGCAAGGGUGACCCAUUCCCCGCCGCGCAGGCCCGUGGCGCCUGCCUGCCCUACCCGGGCACCCAGGGCACUGUCCGCGCCGUCAGGAGCUCACCUGGCUCUCACCAGCCAAAGCCUCCCCCCGGGCCCUGCGCCAGCCGGACCAGCACAGGCUUGCGGGACGGCCACCAGGGCCAGGCUCCCCUACCCACCAGCUGCCCCUUCCCUCAGGGGAGCCUGGAGGACGGGCUUCCUCGGCCAGGAGGGCAGCGUCUCCCCACGGGGUGCUAUCCCACCGAGGACAAGCUUCGAGGCAUCCCAAUGCCCCCGGGAGCCCCGUGUAACCCCAUGUUGUCACUCGAUGUGCCCAUCAAGAUGGAGAGCGAAUCCGGGUCCGAGGAUGCGGCGGAUGGCUACUGUGUGUCCCCGAGCCAGGCGUGGCUGGGGGCCAGCGACGUGGCCAAGAGACAGCUGGUCACUUUCCCUACCAGGAUGCACCUGAAGAUGGAGCCGGACUCCAGGCACCCCCUCUACAGCCCACCCCUGGGGCCCGGCCUGCUGGGGCCCCACCCCAGGCCCGGCAGGGAGCUGGCCCCGUUGCACCCCGCACACUGCGCCUGCCUGGAGCCUCCACCCCGCCUCUGUGCUGGGGGCCACCAACCCCCCAGCCUGGGCUGUGACUGCCAGGCUCCCGGGCCUGUGCCUGUAGUCAAGCUUGAGCCCCUGGACUCGCCCCCGUGGGCCGCUCACGGCCAGGGCGGGGCGCCCGGCAUGCUCCCCAGGAGCACCUUGGCGACACGGAUGCCACCCAGAGACCCCGAGUGCACCUUCCUGCCGUAGAGCAGGCGUCUGUAAAGGCUGACGUCCGUCCCUCGGCCGGCCGGGAUGGCAGUGCAGGGGCAGACACUUUCCUGAGGGAGGCGCGUGCAAUAGCAGAUCCUGUGUCUCGUCCAAAGCCACUGAGGUUCUUAAAUGCAGAGCGGUCUCAUGUCUGCUCAAGUGUGACAGUAUUGCCCUCUAAGGGGACACGGUUUCUCAGAAAGAGGCCGGAGUGAGCUGGGCUGCCUGGCCGGGCAGCACUCGGCGCUCCGAGAGGUGCAGCGAGCGGGGGCAGGCGACCGGCGACCUGGCCUGACCGCAGCCCCCAGCGCCCCCCCUUCCUGGCUUCCCCGACGCCGCCUCCGGCGAGUGGACCUCGGGGAGCAGCCUCACCCUGGGGGUCCCACUGCCGAGACAGCAAGUUGGGAAUCAAGCCUGUUGAGCAGCAGGUGACCACUUGCCCGAUCCUGGGCGGAGUCCAGAAGUUCCAGGCGGAAGAGGCUGUCAGCACCGGGCCGGCAGUUCACCACGACGACGUGCAUGUGCCUGAGGCGCUGGCGCAGGCUGAGGCCGGCCCGGGGGAGGAUUGGCCUGAUCCCACCCUGUUCCUCCUUCCGCGAGCGUCUUGGUGUUGUCAGGGGGCCCCUGAAGGUGGUUCUUGCUCAUCUGCCUCUCACCGCAUCACGCAACCUAGUUUACAGGGUCUGGAUUUGCAAGUCUAGAGAAGUACAAGAUGUAGGGAGAGGAACGAGUUAGUCCAGUUGUCCAGCUGCCUUGCUGACUCUCUAGAGGUUUUUAAAUGAGACGCCAAUCACCAUCCUAGGAGGAGCUAUUAGAGACGAGACAGACAGGUGAUGCUUUACAAAAACGAAAACAUUGUGGGGACUUCCCUGGCGGUCCAGUGGUUACGACUCCAUGCUUCAAACGCAGGGGCGCAGGUUUGCUCCCUGGUCGGGGAACUGAGGUCCUACAUGCUGUGCGGUGCAGCCAAAAAAGAAAAAGAAAAAGGAAAAAUUGUGAAGGUAACACAUUCUGAACGCAGGAAAUUAGGGUGCAAAGAAUAAAUCGGAAAGUGCAGGUCACCUGCAA